AUGCCCGGCCAGAAUGAGAAGGAGGCCGUCCCCUCGAAGGACCAGGUCGAUGCCCAGGUCAAGUCCGCCGACAUGAGCGACGAGAUGCAGCAAGAAGCCAUCGAGAUCGCACAAGAGGCGAUGCUCAAGUUCAACAUCGAGAAGGACAUUGCGCAGCACAUCAAGAAGACGUUUGACGACCGCAAGGGCCCGACGUGGCACUGUAUCGUCGGCCGGAACUUUGGCAGCUUCGUUACUCACGAGACAAAGCACUUCAUCUACUUCUACCUCGGCCACUGCGCCAUCCUCCUCUUCAAGACGCAAUAG